GAAUGUGAAAUUAGCUGGUUGUUCUCAUCCUUGAAUAAAAGGGCUUUACCGAUAAAACAUUGGUUCCCGUGCAGAGCGUUACCUACGUCAUUUCCCUGAUUAACAUGUCUAUGAGGCUGAUGCACAGGUUUCACCAAGAUUGGAACGGAGAGAGAGCAGCAGAGAGAGCACCAGAGAGAGCAGCAGGGAGACGGACAGGGAGGAGUAUGGCUAGGAGAGUGCGAGAGCGGUGGUGAGGAAAGAGAGGAUGAGAGAGAGAGAGAGGGUGAGAGAGGAGAUGGAUGUUCAGCCACCGCCAUUGUGAUGAUCACCAUCGACACUCCUCGUGCAUCCAUCCCAACCCAUCCCGAGACCAGCCAGCACAGAAUCGAUAUUGUCUGUCACAAGUGCGGGAUAUACCUUUGUACAACUCAUUACUGUCAAAUAUUCAUAUCCAAAUGUCCUAAUACCUAUCAGGAUCCAAACUGUUUCCAUCUCAAACAUUCCGUCUGGACGUGAGGAACAAAUACGCCCGGCCAUGAGGCAUUGAAUCAGUGUGAAAUCUGUGACUUUUGGGAAAGGAGGAGGAUUUAACGGCGACGACGAUCGCAGACACGGACCAUUUUUUGCAGCGUUGUUUGAUUUCGAGAGAGUUCUUUCUGCCGUGGUUUUAUUGUCGGAAGAUGAAGCCAAUCUUAGACGUAGGAAAGGACUUCCUCACCAAGAACGAUGUCGGCGUGGCAGCUUUCUCGCCCGAUGGAAGCGCCUUUGAUUACCAAGAUGUGGACCAGGCCAUGCUGGCUAUUAUUAUGGUCUUUCAAAGCACUUCACCGGCCGGUGGUGCUAUCGACAACAAGAUCGAGCAAGCAAUGGACUUGGUUAAGAGUCACUUACUGUUUGCAGUGAGGGAGGAGGUGGAGGUCCUGAAGGAGCAGAUCAAGAUCCUGCUGGAGAAGAACGACCUUCUCCAGGAGGAGAACGCUGCCCUCAAGCAGAGAUUACAAGCCAGCACAGCCCCGCCCCCGCAAGGAGGAAACCCCGCCCCCGUCCUGGCCAUGGCCAACGCCCCACAGCAACCCACCCUAACGCAGUCGCACCAAGGCAUGCCGUCACAGGAUCAGCCACAGUAUCCCAACAUGCCAAAUCAGAUGGGUCAGAAUCUAGGCCAGAACCCUAUGGGUCAGACCUUAUCGGACCAUGCUGCCUACCCCCAGCACCCGAGACCAACCCAACAGACGCACAGCACCCCUAACCCAGGAGGCCUAGCAGACGCCAACCCGCAGUACACGCCGCAGAGCAGCGUAGAGUCCCAGGGGCAAUACCACAGCGCACACUCACAGCUACAAGCACAGCAGCAGCAACAGCAGCAGCCUCAAGGGCAGCAGCAACAUCUAUCACAAGGGAUACAGCAGGAGAGGCCGCAAUACUCGCAGGUCGCUGGUGCAGCCACGGCAACCCAACAACAGACACCGUCGCAAGCAACGACGCAGCAGUACCACACGUCAAUGGCACCGGGUGCUGCGGGGAACCGACCAAACGCAACGCACUGACGCUCUAACCUGCGGGACCCGCGUGGGAAAGCGAUUGCUACGUUGCGCCCUCCCCUGAGAGAUUAGCCAAAAUUGACUGUGCUACUCAGCGAAUAUGCAUUCCAUCUUGUGAGACUGCUUGUGUUGCUCUAUCAGUGCUGAAAACCCACCUCUCAUUAAAGAUCGCUCGCUAGCUACUAUCCUGCAUCUUGAGCUCAGCUGUAGUAUUUAGUUGAUAAACCUGGACAACGUCGUCAGAGAGCCUCUGAUGGCAUUACAGCGGUCAAACAGCGAGAAGAAGAAAAGACUGUAAACCUGAGGAAGAACGUGAUGAUACUUAUUCCAUCGUAUAUGCCAGUAUAAAAGAUGUCGAGAAAAAAAACCUAGUCCAUUAUCACAGCAAUAGUCUGUAUAUAUAUAUGAUAUGACAUGGGCAAGAUCAAAUAUGUUUUCUUUGCAAAAGUACGAUAAAUGUGAUCUGUAUGUCUAUAUGAUACUGAAGAUGCCUACUUGUAUGAUCCAAGUUAUGUACUGCUGAACUAUGUUCUUUGUUUGGCUAAGUCAAAUAGCCAGGAUGUGCCUAUUUGUUGUUACGAUUAUUGUUCUGUAUUACGCUGAUUGCCGUACAUUGAUGAAACUAUCGAAUAACCGUAAAAUAACGCAGUGAAAGGAACUAACGAUCGAUAUACCACACUCGAAGUUUACUCGUCAACACUUUUACUAACCACUUUAUAUUUCAUUAGAUCUUACGUACACUGUAGCUGUAGAAUUAACUUACUUCGUAGAACCGUAACCUUUGAGUUAUCAGCCACAUCUGAAGAGGCAUGAGCCAACACUUUUCCGUACCUUAAUUUGUUGCACGACUCGAUAUAUUUUUGAUGGAAUUGUUUGAUAUGUUUGUGCCUGUCACAUCUACAUUUACUCCAAGGUGCUCUUUUAAAUGAUACUUGUUAUUAAGUUUACAUAUUUUGUUGUCAUUUGUUGUCUUGUCUUUACGGCAAUUUUUUGACGGAUAGCAAAUUCUGUUAUAAGAUUACCUGCUUCCUGAAACGCUAGUGAUUUAACACAAUCCCUUCCUUUUGAGCUCAAAAUGUUGAGCAAUGUUCUGUAGUUUUGGUUGUAUGGAACUAAAAGAAUGUUAGGUUUCUACUUUUCCCUCCUGAUGAUCGCCCAUUUCCUGGGGCAAUGGUUAUUUUAAUGCCAUCGCUCCUGAUGUUAAACCGUAUUAGAUUAUGCAGUCAUCGGCCUCUACUGUGGAACUGUGAAAAAUGGAUAUGUGAUGCUAGUUUCACUUCUGUCUCUUUGUCCCCCCAAAUUCCCAUGAUUUUCCUAGGAUCACCUGUAAAGGAUCAUCGAUACCUGAUUUUAAUUAGAGCAGUUAUUGCGCUGCCAUCUGCCUUAAUGAUAUCCUGCAGAUCAAUCUAAUCCCAGGUACUCAGUGAUUAUCUUCCCAUCUUGUUCAAAUCGAUUUCCCUGAGCUGCCAGAGAAGUUCCAUCUUUCCAAUUCCAUCUUUAUUCAAUUUUGAGGCCCCGUACUUCACUCCAUUUCUGGGGUUUUGUCAUGUUUUCUGUUCACACAAUAUCGUAAAAAUUAUAUGAUUUUAAAAGAAUUUAAUCAUCCUCACAUGACACCUUCCUUUUCUGAAAAAACAUCCAGCUUCUCAUUCAGUUCCAUAGUUCCCUAGCUGUCAUUAAAUUGGCAACACAAAUUGGCAACAUAUAUUUAUUUUCUACAUUUUUAGAAACUUUUCACAUGUGUUACUUCCGAAUUUUCUUCUUCGUAUUUAAGUAAAAAAGGUUGUGCUAUCCAGUUAAACUGUUGUAUUUUUUAACUGAUUUUUUUUGUUUAAGAACAAGAUGAUUAGAUUAAGUAUGUUUACAUCUUCCAGUGGUAUGUGUUAAUGGCUACCCUGAUUAUUAUUAUCACAUUUAAAUUCAAUUUGAAUUAAAAUGAUUUUAGCUUUCUAUAUACCAAAAAAGAAAGUGUUGGAAAAGGUCCCAAAUUGGUUUGAUUAGUCUGUUAUGUUUAUUUUUAAAAAAACAGAAGAUGGAAAUUAGAAUUAAGAGAAAAAUGCUAAGUUAAAGGAGAUCUUCUUUCGAUGUUAAAGCAAUCUGAGAUUUCCAUAAUCUGUUUUUGUCUGAUUAGUUUGUGAAAGUUUCAAACCAAGUUUCAAAUAUCUGUGUUGAAAUUAUCAAAGAAAGUACAUAGUUUGCAUCAUUAUCUUGCAACUCUAUCCAAAGUUUUUUGUUUCUAUGAUCGUUUAUAAAGAAUUGGAAUUGUGUGAAUGUGCAAUUUAUAUUUUUCUUGUUAAUUUGAGUCGUGCACAUGAUGUUGUCUUCAAUUAUGAUUUCACAAUAUUUAAUUGCUUCCAAGAAAACUGUGUAUGAGUGAAUGGAGUGCUUGAGUUUGAUUGGAGUCGAGUGUGGAAUGUGUUUGAUGUCUUUAAAGAGUCGUAAUGAAGGAUGAAUUAUGCGCAUUUGUGUACAGUAACUAAAUAUAGACUUGAAUUUUCAGACUUGUAUGCAUCAAUCUUCGGUCGUUUUUUAAUAUAUACGAGAUAUAACGUGUAAUGUCAUGUGAUGUAUAGAGGAAAAGAGAAAUAAAGAUUUGAUUUUGGAAGACAAAAACAAUUCUUCAGAAGGAAAACUUUGUGUGAUAUCUCCCCCUUAAAGUUAAGAACUGUUUCACUUACAGGCAGUAUGUAUCUGCUAUCUACUGUGAUAUUAAUAAAUAUAUCUACUAUAUAGGGAUUAUAUUUGAAAUGCAUGAUGCAUUUACUAUCUUCAAACAAAAAUUGUCAUUCCCUGUGAAGUGUAUCUCACUGUAGUAUUUUCGAGAGGUUGAGAGAAAUAUAUAUUGUUUGUUUCCAACUCUACAAGCAGAACAAUCAAAAGGGGACUUGGAAAACACUUUUUACUGGGAAAAAUAGGGUAAAAAUAACUACUGCUACAUAAGAACAGCAGCCCAAAACGAAGGAAAACAAAAAAUAAAGAAGAAAAAUAUGAAAUUGGUUUAGAGGAGAUGUUUUGAUGUUUAACUUUAUUCACGACAAAAAUAUACUGCAAGAGAAAACAAAAUUAUGAAAACGGAGCAAUAUCCUGAUAUAUAUUUUCAAACUAAAUAUCAAUUUCGAAUCUGAUUAUUUAUGUAUUUUCCCUAAAAUAUUUGUUUUUCCAAGUCAUGUAUCAAACUACCGGACUAUUCUCGGCAGAUAAUGUAUUUAAAGAAUAUGACUAAUGACUUGUUUGUUUCAACAACGUUCUAUCAAGAUAUGAAUCGUCGCAAAUGUGGAUGAAGUAGUUCUGUAGUAUUAAGCGAUAUGUUGCUUACAAGACCAAUGUUUUGCCUUGUAGGAUAGCUGUCAGUCAUUGGAGCACUUUAUGGUGUUUGCACAUUCCAUCUAAGUUGCACUUAACGAAGAAAAAAGGAAAUAUAUUUAUGCACACUCACUAGAUAUCCCUAUUGUAUCACACUCUUGUAAGUUGAUGAACUUCUCAUGAAUUCUUAGUUUCUGUCCCCAAAAUGUGGCUCUUCUCACAAUCUGGUAGUUUGAAAUAGCCUAGUGUUCCAUCAUUUAGAUAAAAUGUUGGCAUGCAUCAAUUAUGAACGCCAUCAUGAUAUGGAGUGGGCAUUACUUCUGCUGUUCAUACAUUAUAUACAUAAUAGUGUUGUAGUUCGUUGACAGUGGCGUGCAGCAUGCAUAGCCAUCUACAUAACAUUCAUAUUGUAAGAAUAAUAAGCGUUUGUCUGAAUACCGUAGUAUCUAAUAUAUUUGGAUCUCACAUACGAUGUUAUCAUAGGAAACUCUGUGUUCCAUUAUCAUAGUCAUAUCCCUCACCUUGCGAGCAUGAAGAUGAAACCCUAAUCCGUAUUUCCAUGUUGUCUGUUCGGAGCCAGAAGGGCGUUAACUCCGCUCAAGGAAUUGAGUUGACGCCCUUCUACUUCCAAACGGACGAUAUGACUAUAGCUGUCGAUCUGUCAUUGCACAAUUCAUGCAGUGUAUGAGGUGGGCUGUGAAGCUAUUAUAUUCCAAUUCUAUUAACACAAAUGUAGUGACGAUGAAUAAUAAUGGUCUAACUUUAUAGGUAUAGGUAGGUUUAGGUAGAGAGAGUGAGAUAACCGCUCCAUGAGUUAUAUCGUUUAUGGACAGAAGGACGGAAGAUCUUGAAUUGCAAGUUGAUAUUGUUAUUACAGUGAUGUUAACGUAUAUGUACGAUGAUGAGGCGUUGUUGUUGCCGUGGAAACAAGAAUUCGGCACUGGGGAAGGCGGGAUGCUGUAUUUUGUUUGGAACCAACCUGUGUGUGAGAUAUUAAAAAAACUUUGAUUUAAGAUUUGGGGUAUACAGUACUGCAUAUAAGACAUACAUGAAUAAAAGAAAAUAAAUCACGUUGCAUCCUGAAAAAACAA